AUGGCUGACUGGGGUUUUCUCAGUGAACUGUUUGGGUCACUGCAGGCGCACUCACCCAUGUUGGGUCGUCUCUGGCUGCUCCUCAUGCUGGUCUUCAGGAUGCUGAUCCUCGGUACAGUGGCCAGCGACAUGUUUGACGAUGAACAAGAGGAGUUUUCUUGCAACACAUUGCAGCCAGGAUGCAAGCAAGUUUGCUACGACCAUGCCUUCCCUAUCUCUCAGUAUCGCUUCUGGGUCUUCCACAUUGUGCUCAUCUCUACCCCUGCUCUUGUGUUCCUCAUGUAUGCCAUGCACCACCACAAGAAGCACCAGGUCCUCCCUCAAGAAUCCACCAUACUUAAAGCAAAGCGGGAUCUUCAUCUCAAGCGUCUCUAUCUAAUCAAUGUAGCUUUCCGGAUGUUGUCUGAGGUGGGGUUCCUGAUUGGACAGUGGAAACUGUACGGCUUUCGCGUUGAGGCUCAGUUUCCCUGCAGUCGCUUUCCAUGUCCAUACACUGUGGACUGUUUUACCUCUAGACCUAUGGAGAAGACAGUCUUCCUGCUCUUCUACUUCGCCAUUGGAAUACUUUCAGCUGUCUCUAGCCUGGCCGAAUUUGUUCACAUCAUCUUCAAGUGGUUUAUGAAAGGCACUAAGGGGUUGAAGUCCUUGGUAAGGGAGGAUAUUGGUAAGGUUGGUAAGACUAAGCAUGAGAGGAGUCAAGCCAGUGGUCUGAAGUCAGGCAGAACCAGGCAUGUGCUGCGGUUUCCUGGAAGAAACAAUAAAUCAAGGGUAAGCACAGGCUUAAGGAAAUCCAGUAUCAGAGACAAGAGCUUCGGAGAACUGAUAGUGUAAGG